AUGCUCGACCUCGACGGCCGCGAGAUCCGCUUCUCCGUCAACGGAGAAUGCAACGAGUUCGUCUUCCGCUCCAUCUCCGUCGGCAGCGUGGGAUACUACCCCGCGCUGUCCAUGCGGGCGGGCGUCGUCGACAUCAACUUUGGAGGCUCGCGCGCUCUGAAAUUUCUUCCCAACGGCUACACGCCCGUCGCCGAGCAGCAAAAGAAGCAGAUGCGUGCGGAGAGAGAUGCCUUGGAUACGAAGAUAGAAGCCAUGGAGAAACAACUACAUCGCGGCACGGAGCGGCUCGGCGUUAAGAAGAAGCACGAGGCGACGCUGCUCGAGAUUAACGCGAAGCAUCUGCUGUUUGUUGUUGGCCUCAGCUUGUCAGCACAUCUUAGCGCAAACGACCAAAUGGCCGACGAGGCGUUCGCGUACGGCGGCGCGGCGGCGAACGACUCGGGAGCGGCGCCGCGGCGUCGGGCGCCGUUCGCGCCCGUGCAGGAGGAGCCCGUGCAGGAGGCGGCCGCGGCGCCCGCGCCCGAGGCCCACGCCACGCGGAAGCGGUCCCGCGCGGACCGCGACGGCGCGGCGGCCGACGCGCGCGACGGCGACGCGAAGCGGCCCCGCGGCGACGGCGCGGCGGCCGGCGCGCGCGACGGCGGCGCGAAGCAGCUCUGCGCGGACGGCGGCGGCGCGGACGCGGCCGACGCGUCGCGGGCGGCGGCGUCGCGGGCGGCGGCGGCCGGGGCCGAGGGUCCUGCGCCGCCGCAGCGGCAGCGAGUGACCUACGUGACGGCGGCCUUCGCCGAGGCCGACGCGGCGCGGAAGGCGGCGUUCGGGCCCGAGCUCCUGCAGCUCUGGCCGGAGACGUGCUCGUCGCCGCUGCCCGCGGGCGCGGCCGGGCGCGCGCGCUUUGCGUUCUCGUCGCCGCGGCCGCGCGCCGUCGCGCCCGCGGAGCUCGACGAGGCGUCGCGGCGCGUCGCGACGACGGUGUCGCCGGGCGCGGCCUUUAUCGCGAACGGCCGGCGCUUCAUCCCCGGCGAGCUCGUGGACAACCCGUCCUACCUGCUGCCCUGGGAGGCGCCCGCGCAGCCGUCGAGCCCCCGGAGCCCGCGCGGCGCGUCCGACGCGCUCGACGCCGCGGACGGCGACGCCGCGGACGCGACCGCGGCGGAGGCGCCCGCGGCGGAGGCGCCCGUGCAGGAGGCGGUCGCGGCGGAGACGCCCGAGGCCGACGCCAUGGCCGUCGACGCGAAGGCGGACCUCGUGCAGCUCCCGCCCGCCGUGCUCCGGAGCCGCAGCGACCCCGUGUACGUCCGCGGCUACCAGGAGAACACGGAGCUCUGGCUCAAGGCCGCGCACCACGGCAACGUCGAGGCGCUCGUGCGCCUGGGCCUCGCGCCGCCCGUCGACGAGUACACGCCGGAGAACUCGGAGGAGGUCAACGGCGUCACGAAGCUCAAGGUCGACCUCGCCAAGGGCCGCGCGGCGCUCCUCGAGUUGGCGACGCACGGCGACUGCCGGAGCUACUACGUGCUCGGCCUCUGCCGCCGCGACGGCCUGCUGGGCUUCGACGUCGACUUCGCCGCCGCCGUCGCAGCCUGGCGCACCGCGGCGGACGCGCGCCACCUCGUCUGCAUGCUCCUCGCGGCCAAGGCGCUCGAGCACGGCGGCGACGGCGUCAACGCGGACCGGCGCGCCGCGUACCACUACUACUCCUGCGCGGCCGAGCUCGGCGACGACGAGGCCAAGGCGGGGCUCCAGCGCAUCGGCGCCGCGGGCGACGCGAAGCCCUCGGACCCGCCCGGCGGCGACGACAACGACGACUCCGAGGCGGCCGCGGCCGCGGCGCCCGACGCCAUGGCCGUCGACGAGGCGCCGCCGACGGCGGCGGAGGCGGCCGUCGGCGCCGCGUGCCUCGCGGCCUGCGGCGACGUGCUCGAGUACCUCAUGCGGACGAAGCAGGCCGAGUGGUUCCUCGAGCCCGUGGACCCGGAGGUCAUGGGCAACGACGACUACCCGACGAUCGUCGCCGCGCCCAUGGACUUCGGCACGGUCAAGGCCAAGCUCGACGCGGGCGACUACACGGUGCACACGUUCGCGGCCGACGUGCGCCUCGUGUUCCGCAACGCGAUGACGUUCAACGUCGAGGGCGACGACGUCCACGAGGCGGCGCUCUGGCUUGACGUCAAGUUCGAGAAGCGCUACGCCGACGCCCUCGCCGGCGUCUUCGACGCGCUGCCGCCGGCCGCGGCCGCGGCCCUCGCGGAGGCCAAGGAGAAGGCGCGCACGUCGAGCCGGUGGACGGAGCGCGAGCACCAGCGCGUCGUCGAGCUCUACGUGCAGUACCCCAACGACUGGAGCAAGGUCGCCAAGGGCCUGCCCGGCCGGACCGAGGUCGCCGUCGAGAGACACUGGUCCUCGGCCACGAUGAAGCGCUACCUCGACGCGCUGCCGCCGGCCGAGGGCGCUGCCCUCGCGGAGGCCAAGGAGAAGGCGACGUCGGGCCCGUGGACGCCGCACGAGCACCAGCUCCUCCGCGAGCUCUACCUGCAGUACCGCAACGACUGGAGCGAGGUCGCCAAGGGCCUGCCCGGCCGGAACGAGUCCGCCGUCGAGCACCACUGGUACUCGGCCGCGAUGAAGCGCUACAUCGACGCGCUGCCGCCGGCCGAGGCCGCGGCCCUCGAGGAGGCCAAGGAGAAGGCGUGCACGUCGAGCCCGUGGACGCCGCACGAGCACCAGCGCGUCCUCGAGCUCUACGUGCAGUACCCCAACAACUGGAGCGAGGUCGCCAAGGGCCUGCCCGGCCGGACGGAGGAAGCGGUGAAGCAACACUGGAACGAUUCGCCCGCGAUGAAGCGCUACCUCGCCGGACUUUCCCAGGCCGACGCCAAGGCCCUCGCGAAGGCCAAGGAGAAGGCGCGCGUGGCGUCGGGCCCGUGGACGGGCCCGUGGACGCAGCACGAGCACCAGCGCCUCCUCGAGCUCUACCUGCAGUACGGCGACGAGUGGAGCGAGGUCGCCAAGGGCCUGCCCCGCCGAAACGAGAACGCGGUCAAGCUGCACUGGCACUCGGCCCCGAUGAAGCGCUACGUCGCCGGCCUUUCCCAGGCCGACGCCAAGGCCCUCGCGAAGGCCAAGGAGAAGGCGUUCGUCGAGAAGCGCGAGCGCGAGGCCCUCGAGAAGCGCGACUGCGAGCGCAAGGCCCUCGAGAAGGCCCUCGAGAAGCUCCUCAAGCGCGCGGACGCCGCCGCCGCCAACGCCGUCGCCGACGACGCCAAGCACGCGAACCGCGAGCGCGACCGCGAGAGCAAGGCGCUCGAGAAGCUCCUCAAGCGCGCGGACGCCGCCGCCGCCAACGCCGUCGCCGACGACGCCAAGCACGCGAACCGCGAGCGCGACCGCGAGAGCAAGGCGCUCGAGAAGCUCCUCAAGCGUGCGGACCGCGCCGCCGCCGACGCCGCCGCCGACGACGCCAAGCACGCGAACCGCGAGCGGCGCCUGGAGGAGGCGCGGCGCCACGCGCUCGAGCAGGCCGUGCUCUGCGAGGAGGCGCGGCGCCACGCGCUCGAGCAGGCCGUGCUCUGCGAGUUGCGCGGCUUCAAGCACGAGGUCGAGGCGGGCAUGCUCGCGGGCGAGUCCCUCACGGUCAUCGACGUGCGCUACAUCGCCGCCGAGCUUUGGUGCAUCUCGGCGAACGAGGCGGGCGUCCACGAGCCGACGCCGCUGUGGGCCAUGCCGGCCGACGCCAAGGUCAAGGCCGACGCCGCGGCCGAGGCGGCCGACGCCGCGGCCAAGGCGGCCGGCAAGCCCGUCGCGUCCCUCGCGAAGAAGGACGACGACGGCGACCACACGGCCUCCUCGGUCUUCCCCACGGCCAAGGCGCCCGAGCACCUGCACAUGAUCAGGGGCUUCUCGGCGCUGUCGAACGGCGACGGCAUCUUCGUCGCCACGUCGUCGACGAGCCGGGUGACCGGUCGGGGGCGCUCGACGGUCCUCCUCUACGACGACGGCGCGUCGCUGCCCCGCAACGACGCCGCGACGACGUCGCGGCCGCCGGCGAGGUUCGAGAACCUCCGCGCCGACGCGUUCGGCGCCCAGGCCGACAUGGUGAAGUGCCCCUUCGACGAGAACCUGUUCCUCAAGGCGCGGCGGCCCGAGACCUACAGCUACCCGGGCUUCUUCAACGCCGGCAUCAACCAGAACUUCACCGACGUCGCAUCCCAGGUGCCGAACAAGGUCAACUGGUCGAAGCGGCUCGAGGACGCCGUCCACGGCAACCAGGGCCGCACCGAGGUCACGGGCGCCGCGCUCGACGACCUGAUCCACAACGCGAAGGGCUUAACCUCCUCCCACGAGCCGCAGCCCGGGUCCGUCGUCCCGAGCAACCGCUGGCGCGCGGACCGCGUGCUCUUCGUCGCGAAGGUGGUGCCCGGCGAGUCGAGCCUCGCGCCCCACCGCGACGUCAAGGUGCUGAGCUACGGCGCCAACGGCAACAAGCUCUUCUACCCGAUCUUCGUCGUGACGGUCGCCUUCUACUACUACCUGCGCGACGACGGUUUCUUCGUGCCCGCGACGGACGUCGACGUCGAGCACAACACCAGUGUCAAGUUCCGCACCGUGCCGCACGACGCCUCCAAGGCCUUCAACCUCCAGUUGGCGAACGGCGGCUUCUGGGCCAACGACGUGCGCGCGGGCGGCGUCUACACGCACGCGCUGGAGUGCACCAAGCGCGUGCCGCGCCAGGACGGCGCCACCCACACGGGGUGCCCCCCCACGCGCCGCGUCGGCAACUACUACCGCGGCUCCGCCGUCUACACGCUCCUCAGCACGGCGCCGCCCUCGCCGGCGGCGCGCGACGACUAA